GCGUGUGAGGAGCCCGCUGUGAGGUGAGGAGCCACCUGUAAGGGAGAGAAGCCAGUUGGAGGCGUGUCAGAGGAGCCAUCUGUGAAGUGAGGUUAGCCAGCUGGAGGCGAGUGUGAGGAGCCAGCUGUGAGGUGAGCCAGCUGGAGGCAGGGGAGGAUGCCCGGAUGGAGAGGGGCGUCACCACCAUCUACUUCACUGUGGCCGGAAGACAAGAGCUGGCUCACAUCCAUCCGGACGCCAGGCCAGACGAUGUUAGAGAGUUGUUUCGUAGCGCUGGAGGUGGUGGUCGAGGAGACGUGGUCAAGUUAUACAGCCUGGAGGGUCAGCUGGUGAAUGUUGGUACUGACCUCACCCCCAACACUCCCCAUACACCCUACCGUCUCCACCUUGCUGCCACACCAUGCAACGGAAAUAAAUUAAAGCGACUUGGUAUAGAUCUGAUGGAACUUGAGCAGAGGUUGAUAGAGGUUGAGAGAAGCAUAUCCUCGCUCAAGACAGACUUACCUCCUGUGGUUGAAGAACUCAAGAAGGCAGUAGACAGCUUCAAGAUGAGGCUGGAGACUACUGAACACCUCUCCUGGCUAGGGUUCUACAAGGAAGGUAUGGGAGAGCCGCUGGGCAACCUGGCUGAGAGUCAUCCAUACUGGCAACACGUUCACUACCGCAGGAAGGUCGACGCUGAGCUGGCUACCGUCUUCUCGAAGUUCAGGGAGAUAUGCAAUGCAGUUGUUGAUGAAGACACCAGAACACUACUACGACUACCCACCUUCAACAACUGGGCCUGGGAGGACUGGGAGAUGCUUUUACUGCUGCAGCACAUGUAUAAUGACUUGGGGCUGCCAUCUAAAUUUGGCAUAGAGACGGAGGUGCUGCGGAGUUUUUUGUGUCGCGUCUACCACUGCUAUAAUCAAGUUCCCUUUCACAACUUCCAACAUGCUUUCUGUGUCACACAAAUGAUGUAUGGCAUGAUCUGCAAGUGUGAUCUACAGAGACGUCUAGGAGAUUUGGAUGUCUUGAUUCUUUUGACAUCAUGUAUAUGCCAUGAUUUAGAUCAUCCUGGCUUCAACAACAUCUACCAGAUCAAUGCCAAGACAGAGUUGGCACUCAGGUAUAAUGACAUCUCACCGCUGGAAAACCACCACUGUUCUGUUGCAUUUACAGUCUUGGAGAGGAAUGAAUGUAAUAUAUUUAGAAAUGUAUCAACAGAAGACUACAAGAAGAUAAGAGAGGGAAUGAUCCGGUGUAUCCUGGCAACAGAUAUGGCUCGCCACAAUGAGAUUCUCUCUGACUUUCGUGAAAUAAUACCAGAGUUUGACAUGGACAACAGAGCUCAUGUGAAUCUUCUGUCCAUGAUUCUGAUUAAAGUUGCAGACAUUAGCAAUGAAGCUCGACCUCUGGAUAUUGCUGAGCCCUGGCUGGAAUGCCUCAUGCAGGAAUUUUUCAACCAGAGUGACUUAGAAAAGCUGGAGGGCCUUCCAGUAUCGCCCUUCAUGGAUCGGGAGAAGGUGACAAAGCCCUCCUCACAGUGCUCCUUUAUUGGCUUUGUCCUUUUACCACUUUUUGAGGCACUUGGAAAAGUCCUGCCCGAGUUAGAUGAGUUGAUCAUUCAGCCAGUGAAGUAUGCUCUGGAUCACUACCGAAGACUCAAUGAAGCAUCAAAAAAAGCUUCAGAAGAGUCUGAAACCAUUCAGUUGCCAGAGGAAGAACAACAGCCAGAAACACCAAACAGCCAAUUAUCUCAAGAUAAUGCCAAAACUGUUGUACAAAAGACUGAAAGUUUUCAUAGCUUGGGAAGUCGAGCAUCAUCACGAGCCUCAUUUUAUCGCUACAAUACUAUUGACUGUGGAGAUGUUGAAUUAGAAGAUACCAACCUGACAGAGACUGAAGUUGACGUGAGUGAAAGAACAUCAAGAAUCAAAAUUGCUACUGAUCUACACAAAUCGCCAUCAAGAAGGAACAGCUCUGAACGCCGCAGCAGUGUGGGUGGAAGAUCAAACUGCGAGAGAACCAUCUCACCCAGAGCCCUUGAAGAUCGUCUCUUGCCUCAUGUAGAAGCCAAAGUUGAAUAUGAAGAUAGCGAAUCACUACAUGAAAAGUACGAAAAAGAAUCUUCUAUAUUUUCUCGACUAAAAAUUUUCUCGGAACGUCUGUCAAGUGAUAGGGAUAAAAAUCUUAAUGGUUCAGCUCCUUUUGGAAGGGGGAGCACAAGGCAUAAACAAGGGGGUUUGCAGGGUGUGCUCAAACGAACUAGAAGCAAGUCGGAGCCUGCUAAAGACCGACCUCACAGAACGUUUCACAUAACUCGGCCCAGAAUUAGUUUUGGAAUAAAUACCCAAAAGCCACAGAGUGAGGAAAAUAUGUUGAAUGAACACGAUAGAGAGAUGGCAAACGACAAAUGUAAAGAUAUUGUUUCUGACGAAAUUCCUAAGACUGGUGAAAUCAAAACUUCUACCUCUUUUGAACUUUUAGAACCAAAGAAAAAACUGUGUGUAUUUAAAGAUGCUCAACCAUCACCAACACUGUCAGAAAAGUGUGUGUUAUCCUCAAACUCAAUCCUUAGAAAUAAAAGGUUCAGUCUUUCUUUAGAUGUACUCCCACGGAAAAAUGGGCGCUCUCGUAGGUCUGCUGGUGUUAAAAUUCAAACUCCUGAGAACACUCCGGGUGGUUCAGAAGAUGACCUUUUAAGGGAGGCGAAAACACCCCAAGUGGAUGGAGCUACUAGACACAAUCAACCUCAAUCAGUGCUCAACAAAACCAAACACAUUAGACCAGAUGAGAAGUUAUCCCAUGUUUAUCGAGAUUCUCCUAAGAACUUGAAGAAGCAGCCCGAGUCUGCCAGGUAUUUGUUAUUCAAGUCAUUCUCAUUUAGAAAGAAGUCUCCAGUUCAAGGUGAUGAGAUAAAGCACAAAGAUAGUGACUCGCACAGUCCCACUGUGGAGAAAUUAUGACACGUGGGGAUAUGCUCAUGCAUCUAAACUGUAAGGAAUGCAUUUUGGCCACUGUAAACUUGCAUCCAGACCAUAUCAAAUUAGGUAAUGUCUGGUGUCUUUCACAGUAACACAUUGUGUACAUUGGCCUCAACUCCUGAAGCAUUUUUUUUUUUUUUUUAAGCAAAUAAAAAUGGAUCAGUCAUAACAAAAUUCUGCAAUUCCUGCAAGCGCACAGAGCAGGUUGCCCUUUCCUUUUUUUCCUAGCAGGUAGAGGAAACAGCAUGAGCUGGGUUAGUCAUCCAGACCUCAGGAACAAUAACUAUUCAGGUAACAUUAAGAAACUGAAAAAUAUGGUUCACUCGUGUUUGUAAAUUAGUUCUGUUGCAUUUCUUUUGAACAUAAAAUGAAGCCUGUGUAUUUGACACAAAUACCUGACUAUUAUUGCAUGUACACAUGUGGAUAAUAUCUGGGAUUUCUUAGGGCAUAUUUCAUCUUUUGUAUGCAUUGGACUAUAUUUUCCAUACAUAUCAAAUUACCUCCAAGAUACUUGCCCUAUAUAGGAGUCCUAGAGAAUCCUAUACCUGAGCUGGGUAUUUAACAAUGAUGCCAAAGUAUAAGUGUACCAUCUUGCUGGGGAUACUGUGCCAUAAGUACUGUAGGUAAGAUAAAUGCCAUGUAAUGUAUGUGCCAAAAGUCUCAUAACUACCUAUUAAAUAUCAGUAUUUUUCCAAACUUUUGGAUAUCUGUGUAUAUAUAAUUCUAAAAGAAAUAUAAUUGAUUCUGAAUAAGAUAUUUAUAAUUAGUUAUUACAAGAAUUCAAUGAAAAAAUGUUUGUAUGUCUAGGAUGUUAUAGUAUGUUUGUAUUCAUAUUGAAAAAUAUAGACUAAUAUUUUUAUUAAAGUACAGUAUACUAUGUACAUAAACAGGUGUAGUAGUUUU